UGGGUAAAGAAGGCAGAUAAGGUUCCCUAUAUCUUAUCCCCUUUAUUCACCAUUCCCACACUACGAGAGCAGUCUGCGGUCCGCCCCCUCUCUCUCUCUCUCACUCUCACUCUCACUCUCUCCCCAGACAGAAGAAGUAGCUGAUUCUGGCAGCCAUGUUAGCUUCCACUGCAGUAAGUCUUGGCUCACUUGGCAGCCAAUUGCUCAAUUCUCCCUCCCACAAUCCAACAAAGCCUUUCCUACUUCCACUGAAUAAGCCUUUACUAAAAUCUCCCAACUCCAUCACCAGCAGCAGUUUCUUGAAAUCGAGAACUUCCGUCAGAACCGCCGUCGCCGCGGUUGAUUCAUCCGAUGCCGCUGUACAGCAGGCAGGGGGAGAAGGUGGGAGCAAGAGUUAUCACUUUGUUGUAGCGAAUGCGAAGUUUAUGCUGGAUGAGGAGGAGCAUUUCCAAGAACUGAUGUCGGAGCGCCUCCGGCUUUAUGGGGAGAGGAACAUGGAGCAGGAUUUCUGGCUUGUGAUUGAGCCUAAAUUCUUGGACAAAUUCCCUAAUAUUACUAAGAGGCUCAAGAGGCCUGCUGUUGCUCUUGUUUCCACCAAUGGCCCUUGGAUCACGUUCAUGAAGUUAAGACUAGACCGAGUUCUGCAAGAUAGCUUUGAAACUGACACUCUUGAAGAAGCUCUGGCUUCCAGCCGCAUUGAUAUCGAGUUUGAGAAGCCGGAGAAGUGGACAGCUCCUUAUGCCAAGUACAAAUAUGGGUGGUGGGAGCCGUUCCUACCCUCCAAAACAUUAAAUGUAUGAUCAUGAUGCGCCAAAGCUAUUUCAAAUUUUUGUAAGUGCCCCACGACAUUAGCUUCCUGUCUGUUAGUAUUUCAGAGAUGGUAUAUGUAGAUUCGUUCGUAGGGUAUGCAGACAUGGACUGAGUUUUUUUCUGCUGUUAAUGUUACCACGUAUCUACAUAUUGUCUCA